AUGCAGCAGCAAUUGCUUUCUGCGAUUCGAGUCGCUCAGGACCCAGUGUCAGAUCCGGCAUUGAAGACCGCUGCGAUUGAGUUUCUGACAUACGCGCGCGACAAGGCCGAUGACACCUGGCCAGCAGCGCUCGUGCUCUUCAUGGCCAGCGACCUGGCUACAGGGGCUCGUGUGUAUGAUCCUCAGACGAGAUACUUCGCACUGGAGGUGCUGGGGGCGUUCUUGGAUAUCGAGGGGCCAGAAGAAUUGUCACCUGCGGUCUUCAGACCUUUGCAAGUAACCUUUACACCCUACAUAGAAAGUGAAUACAUCAAUGGGACGGCAGAAUCCGGUGCUCCAUAUCUUCGCAACAAAUUCUCCCACACCCUCGCUCUUCUCUUCACCCGCUCGUACCCUGACCUAUGGCCAACCUUCAUCACUGACCUCAUCGGUGCCAUGCGUACUAUCCCCGGAUCUGGGGGAAGUCAAGGCACUGCGCUCAACCUGAACCUCUGCACUCUCAUGCUCCGAGUGCUCAACGAGGUUUCAGGCGAAAUAGCAGAUCAGACCGUUCGUGGAGCCCGGACAUUCUCCAUUGGUCGGCAGAAUCGAGAAACACGAUUAAAACAUAAUGUUCGAGAAAAGGACGCUUCGAAUGUGAUAACCGCGCUGGUGACGGUAGUGACAGAAGGGCUGGAUCGAUUAGACAGCCAAGGAGGGGAGAGUGCUGAGCGAGAACAAGUGCAAGAGCUGGUCACCCUUGCUGUCCAAACAUUCGCAAGUUAUGUCCACUGGCUUGACAUUAACCUCACUGUGACGCCCGUAACGAUCCCUAUGCUAUAUCGCCUAAUCAAUCACCCUUUCUUGCCUUUCCGGGUGGCCGCCUCUGAUGCCCUCUACCGCCUCAUCAGCAAAGGCCUUCAGGAUCCUCGGGACAAGCUGCAGCUCAUCAAAGUGCUGUCCCUCCAUCAAUCUCUCAAUAACCUCGAGCAACAAACCAGGAGACCAGACAGAACAGACGAGCAAGAUGAUGAGCUCCACUUCCGUGAAUCCUUAGGGAAGUUGCUUGGUAUCGUUGGCAUGGAACUGUUGCGAAUCCCGGAGGACAAAACGGUCACCGAUGAAUCUGUCAAGGGUGAAGCACAGGCGUUGGUAGCAACUCUACUGCCGAUAGCGCUUCGUUUCCUGGCCGAUCCAUUCGACGAUGUUUCCGAGUCCGUAUUCCCCUUCCUCACCCAGCUGUUUGUAUAUUACCGACGCCAAAGGAAAAAUCUCAAGGACGGCUUCCCAUUAGACAGCCGAGAAGCUUUCUUCACAGAGUUUAUGUCGGUCAUCAUCCAAAAAUACCAAUGGGACAAGGACACCGAAUGGGGAAUUGGCGAGGACGAUGAAGAACCCGACGACGAUGACAUGGCCGCAUUCGGCGAGCUCCGCAAGGGCUUGAAGUCAUUCAUGGACGGUAUCGCUGGCCUUGAUGUCGACCUCUAUACCAAGGCGACUACAGAGGUGGUACGGUCAACCCUCGGCGCUUUUGUGAACGGCCAGCAGUUAUCUUGGCAACGGGUAGAGCUCGCGUUGCAGCUGCUUUACCUGUAUAGAGAGCUAAACAAAGCUGACAAAAAGCUGGGCAAAGACAAGAGUGGCUUUUGUGUCAUGCCGGCAUCGCUGCCGAAGGGGGCCAAAAAGUCCAUUGAUUUCAACAGCCUGCCUCUCAAUCCUCUCGGAGAGAUGAUGGUUAUGCUCAUGGACUCUCAAAUCUGCAAUUUUGCGCAUCCCGCUGUCACCAUCCAGUGGGCUGAGACUGUCUGUCGAUAUUGUGACUUCUUCAAGCUUCGCAAGGCUUACAUUCGUAACGUUCUCGAAGUGUUCGUGGGACCUUUGGGUGCCCAGAACCCUAAAAAUAAUGUUCGUCAUCGCAUCUUCUAUCUCCUGGACAAGUUCGUUCAGGAGACUAGUUCCGAUAUACCUUCCGAUCUGAUCAGCCCGCUACUCGCCAGCCUAAUGCAAGUCAUGAAUAUCCGUCCCGAGAUCCCCGAUGACGACUCCGACCUUGGAGAAGCUGAACUACUCUUUAAUGCUACCGCUAAUUCCUCGUCGUUUAACGCACUAUUAUACCUUUUCGAAGCAGCAGGAACAAUGAUCUUCAGAGCCCCCGCCGAACAGCAAAUCUCGUUCCUACAGGAAUUCACCACACCCCUCUUAGUGGAAAUGCAACAGGCCCUGCAAACUCCAAGAAACGGACCCCGGGACGUUUUGCCAAUUCUCACUGUUCAUCAUAUCAUGAUGGCACUAGGCAAUCUAGCCAAAGGAUUUCCAGACAUGCCCUCCGGUGGAGCCCCGCUCAUGCAAACCGUUCUAUGUCAAGUUUUCGGCCAGGUGGCGGAGGGAGUGCUCGUCGCUCUUCAGAGCUCCAGUCAAUACCGAGUCAUCCGCGAUGCUGCUCGUUUCGCAUUUCUACGGAUUCUGAGUGCGACUGGGCCAACUGUGCAACCUUUUUUGCCUGCUCUGCUCACAACAAUCCUUUCCCAAAUCGAGAAUGGAGAGAUUUCGGACUUCCUCAACUUCAUGGGAUUGGUUGCUCAUAGCCUCAAGGAGGAUGUGCGGGAGACUGUAGCGGAUCUGGCCACCCCACUGCUGACGCAUGUUAACACUGUGCUGAACCAGCCUGAGGAGGGAACCGAUGAUGUAGUGGUUCAUAACGAAAUCAAGAGGGCAUAUCUGCAAUAUGUCAAUGCGCUUGUGGGGUCCCCCCUGUUCACCAUUUUCGCCUCCCCAAACAACAUGGGAGCAUUUGAAACCUUCAUGAUCUUCCUCAUGAGGCUCGCCGAGAUUCCCUCCGAACCACAAGCUCAGAAACUAGCCUUCAUCAUUCUGUCAAAGGCUGUCGCUGCAUGGGGUGUUAACCCUGCGUUACCCUCUACGAACGGUACAUCAACGCCGAACGGUACCAACGGAAUCGUCCGGGCGCCGCCCUCCACGCAACCAAUUCCCGGUUUCGACCGUUUCAUCUAUGAUCAAUUGAUACCUUUGGCUUUCCGUGUACCUCUGAACCCCGACCUGCGCUUCAAGGAUGCGGAAACCACCUUGGUUCUGGCUGAGGUGACUGCUCUCCUCAACACCAUCGUGCAGGUGAGGGGUGACGAAGCCCUCACUUUCUUGACGACCUACAUCCCUUCUCUCGGCAUGCAACCAGAAUUCGUCCAAGAGUUCCCCGGCAAGGUGGGCGGCGACAAGAUGCAAUUUAGGAAGUGGUUCGCCGAUGCGAUGCGGCAACGACGUCAUGAAGAGCGCAUCGGUGGCACUGUGACCCCUUCUGCACCGAACCCGUAA